GAGCUGCUGUCAGCAGCAGAGUAGCAGAGAUCUGCACCCCAAAUGUGUGAGAAGAACAUGCUCUGCGAGGGAUUGUGUCGUGGAAAAGACUGGAUUCUGAGCAGAUAAGGGAACUGAGACGCUCCAAAGUGGGAAUAUUGAUCAGCAGUGAAGAUGCACAGCUGUAGGGUGAGGGAUCUGAACAUGUGGGCGUUAAUGGGAGCGAUCUAUCUAUUUCACUGCGUCACUGGGCAGCUGCUUGAGGCCAAGCUGAAAGGAGCACCUCGAUUAGUCUGCAGUGUCCCCGGGUCAACAGGCCUGCCCGGAAAACCAGGUCCCAGCGGGCCACCAGGAGCAGAUGGGAAUAUUGGUAUUUCAGGAAGAGACGGCAGAGAUGGCAGAAAAGGAGAAAAGGGAGAAAAAGGAGAUACAGGGGUAAAGGGCAAAGUUGGCCCAACAGGUAAAAUAGGAGAGCGAGGUGAACGUGGCCCUGCCGGCAAACAAGGCCCCAUGGGAGACAACGGAAGUGAGGGGCCUCCUGGCCAUCGAGGCCGCGAUGGAGAAAAAGGGGAUAAUGGUGAGCGAGGACCCCGUGGAACUGCAGGAAUCUGCAAAUGUGGCAGCCUGCUACCCAAAUCUGCCUUCUCGGUAGGAAUCACCAGCAGCUAUCCUGCAGAGAAGACCCCUAUCAAGUUCAACAAGGUCCUCUUUAAUGAGGGUGGACACUACAAUCCUCGGACGGGUAAAUUCAUCUGUGCAUACCCAGGCGUUUAUUAUUUCUCCUAUGACAUCACACUGGCCAACAAACACCUGGCUAUUAGUCUGGUGCAGAAUGGUCAAUAUCGCAUUAAAACCUUUGAUGCCAACACAGGAAACCACGACGUGGCAUCUGGCUCCACUGUUAUGUUCCUGAACCCUGAAGAUGAGGUGUGGAUGGAGAUCUUCUACAGUGAUCAGAACGGUUUAUUCACAGACCCCAGCUGGGCUGACAGUCUCUUCUCUGGAUUCCUGCUCUAUGCAGACACAAACUACUUUGACACACUGGCAGCGGACUACGCAUAGUGUCUGAAGAACAAACCAGAACCACAAACUGUUUGUCACUGCUAUUGUCACUCAUUCAAAACACUAGUGGUUUGAACAAACUACAUUUUUAUUCACGUCUGUACCUCUAUAGGAAUAGAAACGUUUUCAUUUAGCUUUGUGAUAUCUGAUGAAGCUGAAAGUGAUUUAUUUGAUUCUGGUGAAAAAAUUAUUUAAAUAAAUAUUCAGUAAUUCAGACAAUUUAA